AUGGUAGAGCUUUCGACUCCAGUUAAAUCCUGGAAUUUUCUGAGGAAACAAAAUUGCAAUCGAAGGGUUGCAGGUUCAAUUCCUGUCCGUUUCAUUUUUAAUUUUUUUAUUUCAUCUACUUCGGACAGGGUGGAAAUGGUAAACCACACGCAAGCCUUUACUAACUCUACUAGUAUGGAUAUUUACACAGGAUACUUUUGGGUAAUUUGUCUGUACAGCUCAAUUUUAUUUACAAAAUGA